AACUCAGGUAAUGGGAGAAAUCAAGAUUGCAUUGAAGAAGGAAAUGAAGACAGAUGGUGAACAAUUAAUAGUUGAAAUUCUCCAAUGCAGAAAUAUCACAUACAAAUUUAAGUCUCCUGAUCAUCUACCAGAUUUAUAUGUGAAAAUAUAUGUGAUGAACAUCUCUACUCAAAAAAAGGUGAUCAAGAAAAAAACAAGAGUAUGCAGACAUGAUCGAGAGCCUUCAUUCAAUGAAACUUUCAGGUUCAGUCUAAGUCCUGCUGGACAUUCUCUUCAGAUAUUACUUUUCUCCAAUGGAGGGAAGUUUAUGAAAAAGACCUUGAUCGGUGAAGCAUGUAUCUGGCUUGACAAAGUGGAUCUCAGAAAAAGAAUAGUAAAUUGGCACAAACUUUUGGUCAGUCCUACGCAAACACACUGAAGAAAUGUGUCUGCUCAAGGUAUAGACACUGCUCUAAAUUGCCUCAAAUCAAGACUAUAGUUGAAUACUAUUGUACUAAGCUAUGUUUAGAGGGGCAAACAUGAGAGGGGGAACACGCAAAAAUACAAGUAAAGUCGUGUAAAUUAUUGUUGUGGAUCACAGAAAAGACUCAGGUGAAAAAGUUCACAAGCUGAAGACAGAAGAAAGUUGGAACUCUGAGAACUUGAAUUUCACCUGUCUUUUAAAAGAAGCUGUGUGGGGAAAUUUUGAUUAUUUAAGGCAAAAAUCUUUGAGCAGAGUUGAGCUGUCGCUUGAGACAGAGGCUCAGAGAUUAGUAUGGUUUCCAGAGCAGAACAAAGGCAAUACUUUAGGCAAAGAAACCUUGAUUGAAAGGAAAGAACUGAUGUAACAAAUCUGUUUCUAAAACUUGGAAAAUCUUUCUUCUUCAUCUUCUAUUCUUAGGUAAAUCACUGUUUUGAGAAUCUGACCUAAGAUACAAUAUGUGUCCAGGACCAGCAGUGAGAUGGCUGUGUUCUUAGAGAAAAUGAAACAGAUAUAGAAAUUGUGGCUUUUAGGCCACAUUUUACAGACUUUCUGCGUCUAAAUGUUACUAGGGUGUACAACACUGAUUUUGGAAUACAUGUGGUAAAAGCACAUUUGUUUCAGUAUAAUUUGAAAUAAUGUAGAGUGAAGAAGAAGGUAGAAGUAAAAUUACAUUUAUCUAGAAAUGAAACCAUGACUGGCUAACAAGGAAGAAUGUUGCCCCACAAAAUAUUGGAACUGAUGGAAAACAUCAAAAUCUUCAUAAUUUUCCAUUAAGCCAAGGCAUUUUCAAUGUAUGUAACAAAGGACCUAGAUUAAAUUGAUAUGUUCUAGGAAGCAUGAUAGCUUAUUUUUGGUGGAAUUGCAAAUAAAUGUAUUAGUCUGCAUAUUUUCUUUCUCUUGAGUGAUGUUUUGACAGAGAAAGAAAAUUUUUUCUCUGGCAAACAAACCACAUUAAUCUUGUGACACUGAUUAAUUAAAUGGGCAUAAUUUCCUCUUUUCCAUAAUGCUGUUUCUUUUUUCCUUUAAAAAGUUGAUUCAUUAACUGAUUGUAUAAUGAAAACCUGAUACCAAACUCAAGUUCUUUCUAGUGCUCUAUUUUCCUACUUUAGUGACCAUAUGACAGUGAUCAAGUUAAUCAGUGUUGGGAAAAUAUGUGAAAAGUCAACAUUUAUUGAUAUUAAAAUAUACUUUGAACUAUUUUGAUAAUAUAGAAUAAAACAACUAAAGUCUAGGUCUUACAAUGAAGCAUUCUCUAUCAAUAACACUAAUUAAAGAAGUAAUGUGGAGUUGUGGAAAAAACACUCAACUGGUAUUAAAAGCCUGGCUUCUGGUCUUAGUUCUGUCACUGACUAUGUCACCUUGCACAUGUGACUUAAACUCACUUUCCCUCGGUUUUCUUAUCUGUAGGAAAACAAUAAUUAUUCUUAGUCUUCUAAAUGGGAUAUUAGGAUGAUAAAUGAUCUAUGAAAGGUGAAAGCACAUUUCCAAAUAUAGUUUUAUACACAGAAGUGAGGAAUAAUUAUUAUGUAGCUUUUUAAUUCUCAAAUUUUAUAUGUAAAAAAAUCCAUUAAACCAAUGGCAAGCAUUGGCAUGGGUAAAAUCAAUAAAUUAACUCCGAAACUCAUUUUUUACUUAAAUUUUCAACAUUCAUUUAGCCUGAAAAAGGUGAAGAAUUAAAUGAAAAUGAUUUGCAAAUGCUCUUAUCCCAUUCCCACAUCCCACUGAAAAUAAAUUAAUUAAAUUGCUUCUCAGCUCAUUCUGAGCUUAAAAACUGCUGCUUUAUCCAAGGGUGAGGCGUUAGUGGAAUUAGAGGAAGCCAUUUCCAAAAUAUUGGUUGACUAUUGAGUUUUCUCAUUUUUAAAGAAAAAAAUGCUUUAAAUUUGAGAGAAAUAUAAAAUAUUAAA